AUGGCGUUCGUCCAAGACACCUUCUUCCAAGCUCCAAUCGAGGAUUGGGUCGAUUUUGACCAAUUCCUGGAUCUUGGCCCUACCUAUGGCGAUGACCAAUCCGCCUCGGCUACCUCUGUCUCCCCCGACAUGAGCCUCUCUUACGAGGCGGAUAUGUUCGGGAAUGACCUUCCAGACUUGGGAGAUUCCCCUUUUCCCGAGAUGGUCAAUUAUGACCUCCAGCAGCAAAAUUUCUUCGCUGGCCAAUCCCCAAUAAUGGGGAUGAUGGCUGAGCCCACAGAGUCUUUCGAUAGCCCGUCCUUGUACGGCUACGGUAACGCAUAUGACUUCAGAGAACUGGUCGAGGCGCAGGCCGCCACUGAUCGUAGAGCGGCCUCAAUAAAGGAGAAGCGCCGGGAAGCUGCUAUUGCAUUGCAUCUGCGGCGGCUUUGUGACGCCACUGCAUUGGAUCUGGACAUGUCGUCUGAUUCCAACACAAGCUUCUCUUCUCCUUCAUGGUCCGAGUACAUGCGCGAGAGCAUUUCUCCGCAACCAUCGUCAUCCGGCCCAGAGCAAGCACCUGCAGCGAUGCCCUCAGGAAACACAGGCAUGGAGAUGGUCCUCGACCUCAACAUGAAUGCCACAACCAACGUUCCUAAAAAGCAAAAGCCUCGCUCCCAGGCUCAAAAAGAAAACUACAUCAAAGCUCGAAAGUACGGCGCGUGCGAGAAGCACAAGAAGCAGCACAAGAGAUGCAAUUGCCUCGAGAAGGCUGCCGCUCGUGCCGGAAUGUCCGAAGUUCCACAGACCUCUGCGUUCAGGGAACGACCGCAGACGAUGUGGUCCCCGACAAUGAGCGUGACAAGCUCGCAUUCGGCUGCUUCGCGUUCGUCUGCCGUAUUGUUACCUGAUACGAACGUCCUAGUAAAACGACCAUCGGAUGGCCUCGUCAAUAGGUCAACGAACAGUUCGUCAGGUCACGACCCGCUGAGCGCACCGACGACGAACCCGCGAUUCUCGAAAAUCCAAGUCAAAUCUCUUCGGAGAGAUGUUGGAGCAGAUUUACCGACGCUGCCGACGGAUUCUCGACAAGUGUCCAGAACGAUUUCCAGUGUUCGCGGUUCGCCGGAGCACGAUCAGCGAUACCGCCUGAAGGCACUUCGUUGUCCAGAUCGCACCGAAUCGUGCGGUGCACCGGAACACGAUCCAGGAAGAGAAUCACAGUUCUUCGGUCGCCUUGUCAUGUCUACCUCUGUUGGUGACUCAAGGUGGCGCUCUCGAGCACUGGACAUGAUGCUUCCCGGCUCAGCCUUGAGUGGCAUGAGACAACCAGCGGGUUGUAAAACAAGCGACAAAAGCAUGAAACGAGGCAUACCGAGCGCCAACAGCCUGGAAACUAGAACAACGGCUGUCUCAUUGGGAGUCGGAAAGGCUCGCCGCACCGGAAUCCCUCAAUCGUCGAGCCCUGUGCACACGAGACCGUAUGUUCCGUUUGUCGGAUUAGGCGAGAGCCAAAAGCGAUCUACGACGCUGCCCCACCAAGGAAGCACACUCAGCGGUAUCGCCAAGGCCGGAACGCAGUGGUCAAGUGUCCUUCAGGCAGCGCGACUGCGCGUCCACGGGCUGUUCUCUCCUAUUGGAGCCAGCGUACCGGCCACUUGUGGAAGAGAUGGCUUGCUCGAAGUAGGAACGCCAUCCGUGCUCGCCCAAGCUGGCUCGCUGUUCUCAAACGCGCUGCAUGCGGUUGCAGGCAUAUGUCGGCCAUAUACUUUGGCCUCUGGGCUGGAGACUGUCAUGUUCAAUUGUCUCGCAUUCGCUGGUAGGCAGCUGAUGUCUGUUAGACGGCUGCUGAAGACGUCCUCGACAAGCAGUAUCCACCAAUUGGGCUUGCAACAAGCCUGCCAGUCAGCCUUUCAGCCUUUCUAA